AUGUCGAAUAUUGCAUCGUUGGCUCAUUAUUCCAACAAUGCUGAAGUGAUUACAAACCCAGCAUAUAAAGGUGUUACAACGGUCUGGCUACUUUCAACAUUGGGUUCGACGCGUCAGCUCAAUAUAAGCAGUUCAGAGGGCAACUCCUUCUCUUCAAUACUGAAGAAAAGGGAUAUUAUUAGCGUUUCGAUCCCAAAUACUUGUGAAGUAAUUCGAGAGAAUAACUUAGAUUUGCCGCUGAGGUAUGUCUCCAAUCUAAUGUACGGGGUUGCUAUAUGUUAUCAUCGGAAAACAGAAUAUGUUCUCAACGACCUGACGAACCUGUUGACACAAGUUCAACGAAAGUUCUACGUGGUUUCCUCUUCUCGAAAAAAGUAUGAUAAUAAAUCGAAACAUGUUGCAACAAUCUUUGACGCUGAAGAGACAGACGCGGUGAAUGGCCUCUUGAAUGAUGACCCGCUGUUCGAUAUCAACCAAAUCAAUUCUAUUGCGGCCAUCCUUGAGCCUAGUGAUGAUCAAGCCAUCUCAGAAGCCAUGAUCAUUAGAAGACAGGAUUAUCUAAACGAACUGACUAACGCGAACGACUACGACGAACUGAGAAACCCAAAGAACUCUACCGAGUACUUACGCCGGCCUGUGACGCUGGACGACAUUCCGAUCGACGUCGAUUUCAAUUUUGAGCUCGAUGACACGAUUAAUCAAGAAGGUACAUCGUGUCACUCAAAAAUCUCUGCUGGAUGUAGCGAUUCGGAUCUAGAGCUGAAUUAUAGGGACCAUGAUUUCAAGCUGAAUUUCGAUGAAAAUGCUCGGAUGUUGCCUGAUGAGACAGGAAUUGAUUUAGGAGUCGAUCAGCUUGAUGAUGAAGAAGCGUCAUUCGAGGAUGAGAACACUGAUGCGCCAAAUGGUUUACCGCCGCUCAAAAGGCCUGAGAAUGGCAGGCUAAGCAAAAGCUUUUACGAAACAAUCCAAAUUGAUGGGCGGACUGGACUGUCGACGGAUACCCUGAGAAACAACCACAACACUUACUGCGAAACUAUGGACUUCAGAAACAGAAAGAAAAGAAAAAUCAGCCCUAUGGCAGAUUCUGGCUGGCAGAGUUUGAUGGGGUUAGACGACGCACCUCACUUUAUGAAGAACUGCUGGACUAUAUUAUUUUGUGCUCCUGACCAAGCAGACUUGAGCUUGUUGGGCUCUAAGAGCUCAAUAAGCGGCAGCUAUUCAAUUGAGAGAGGCCGCAGAAGGUCGUGGUUGUUCCACUCGGAGAGACCAUCAAGUAGCGUCUCAAGUGCAGAACUCGGUAGGAGGGCGGUUCCCCCAGGUGAUAUGCCCUCAGAGCCUGUGCAUGAUCUUCUUUUAAAUUUGGAGCAAAUUGAAGAAGAGCUCGCUGAAAACAACUCCACAAGUCAAAGUGAUUUAAUGCAUAUUAAUUUGGAUCUUCCACCCUCUAGUUUUGGUAGGGUUGCAACACACGACAGCGGGGCAGGAAGUGAAUCGAAGGCCUUGAGUAGCGGGAGCCGCGAUUUGGACGUUGUUGAUGAGUUAUAUAGCCAGAUCAGAGGCUACAGGAGGUCUAAUGAGAAGGAGGAAACUGCUACUAUCGUCAGCGCUGGUUCGGCGGCGUAUAGCAGCGAGCAACAGAGCUUAAUUUCAGGCCAGGGAACGUUGAUUUUGGAUUCUCAUACGAGACGAUUUUAUGACUAUAUCAGGGAACGAUCUUCCUAUGUUGGAAAAACAACCUGGUCGCAUCCUCCAUUCAAAAAAAAGUUACUUUUCGAAGACAUUGUUCCCAGCAGUUUAACAACUGAGCUUGAUGCAGAUGGCACAAAACGCGUCAAAGUUACAGAUAAAAAGAUCGCUGCUAGUGCAUUUUUGUCUUUAUUGAAUCUUGCCUCCAGAAACCUUAUCAGCGUUGGAGAGUUCCCCGAUCACGGAAAUGAUGCCAGCCGCUUCGGCUUGAUGAAAGCCGAUGACAUAGUAGUCUAUGCGUGA